AAGCAAGUGUUAGUGUUAUCGUGAACCAGCAAGAGUUGCCGCCUAUAUGAAACAAAAUAGAGAAAGAGAGCAGGUUUCCCGCCUAAACAUCCACAGCAUGGAAAAUCAAAAGAAAUACAAAGCUCCAUUACUGCUCCGUAAUGAUUCUGAAUCCAAAUUGAAAAUGAUGACCCCCGAGAAAAACCCUAACCCUGAAAAUGUCUACUUCAUCGGAGGUCUGCCCGUCGAAUUUCCUUAUCAACCCUACGGAUCGCAGUUUGCAUUUAUGGGUAGAGUUAUCUCAACCCUUAACCGAGCUCAGACUGAAGGUCACUGUCACGCCUUGCUCGAAUCUCCUACUGGUACUGGCAAAUCCCUUUCGCUUCUUUGUUCCACUCUCGCUUGGCAGCACCAUUAUAAACCUACUGUCAACGACAAACCCCCUCCGGAGGCAACCGCCGAUCCCCUCGGCCACGGUGGAGGAUUUAUUCCCGAUGAGGUUUCACUUACUUCCGCAUCAGAAAAUCCAGACCAGGCCAAAUCAGAGCCCGCCAAAAACAAACAGGAUAAAAAAAAGCGAGCUCCCACUAUUUAUUAUGCCUCGAGAACACACUCACAAAUUUCUCAAGUGGUUCGGGAACUACGGAAAACAUCAUACAGGGUAUCAAUGGCUGUGUUAGCAUCACGGAAACAUUAUUGCACCAAUAAAAAUGUACAAGGCAAAGAGAAUGUUGAUGAAGAAUGUAAACUACUUUUGAAAGAUCAGGCAAUAGGAUGUCCAGAAUUCAAAAAUGCACAUAAAGUCAAAGCUCACCCAUCCGUUCAGAAAGGAGGAUGCAACGAGGUGCAUGACAUAGAAGAUCUUGUAAAAGUUGGACAAUCAGUAAAAGGUUGCUCUUAUUAUGCUGCCCGUUCUAUGUCAGAUGAUGCACAGUUGGUAUUUUGUCCAUAUAGUUACAUCAUUAAUCCAGUCAUUCGUGGAGCUAUGGAUGUGGAUAUUAAAGGAGCCAUCGUGAUAUUUGAUGAAGCUCACAAUAUAGAGGACAUUAGUCGUGAUGCUGGUAGUGUGGAUAUUGAAGAGGAUAUAUUGGACAAACUACAAAUGGAGCUUCAGCUACUCUGUCAUUCAAAUACUGCAGUUUACCAACCCCUAUAUGAGAUGACACAGGGCCUUACUAGUUGGAUGGAACAGAAGAAAAACAAACUAGAAAAACGUGACUUUCAGCAUCACGUGUCAUGUUGGACAGGGGAUAAGGCUUUACAAGAGCUUGAAGAAGCAAAUAUUUUGAAGCAGUGCUUCCCUAUCUUGCUGGAAUGUGCUACUAAGGCAAUCAAAAUUGCUACAGACUUGGAAACGGAAGCACCACGCUUAACUGGAAUGUCAGUGUUAACAUUGGAAGGCUUAUUCUCGUCACUAUCUUAUUUCUUCUCAAAAAAUGGAUCUCAAAUGUUGGAUUACCAGCUUGCUCUUCAACGAAGUGUUAGAAAACAAGAUGGAAGAGCUUUUGGAAACUGGACAUAUACUUUCAGUCUGUGGUGCUUGAAUCCAGAAGUUGUAUUUAGAGAUGUUGCCGAUCUUUCUUUAUCAGUCAUAUUGACUUCUGGGACACUGUCUCCAAUGGCAUCAUUUUCUUCUGAACUUGGAGUUAAGUUUGAAACUAGACUUGAAGCUCCACAUGUAAUUGAUAUUGAUUCACAGGUGUGGCCUGCUAUAAUCUCCACUGGUCCUGGUAAUUAUCCUUUGAAUGCAAGUUACAAAACUGCUGAUGCAUAUGCAUUCCAGGAUGCAGUUGGAAGAUCUUUAGAGGAAAUCUUCAAGAUUGUUUCAGGCGGAUGUCUUGUGUUCUUUCCAAGUUAUAAAUUGAUGGAAAAGUUACGUGCUCGAUGGUCUGAAACAGGUCAAUGGUCUCGACUCAAUACAGAAAAGCCCCUUUUUGUUGAACCAAAGGGGGGAAGCCAAGAUGAUUUUGAACUUGAAUUGAAGGGUUAUUAUGACUCAAUUCAUCAUGGCAAAAUACCUGCUUCUGGACGGAAAAGAAGGAUUAAGAAAACUGAUCUAAAUCAUGUCCAUGCAGUUGAUACCGUACAGGAUUCUAACAAAGGAGGAGCAGCUUUACUUGGUGUUUGUCGAGGAAAGAUUUCUGAAGGAAUUGAUUUCUCCGAUGAUAAUGCCAGAGUAGUUAUUAUUGUUGGUAUCCCAUUUCCAAACAUAAAUGAUAUUCAAAUUGCAUUAAAGAAGAAGUACAAUGACACAUUCAAACCAUCUAAGCAUCUCUUAGGCGGAAAUGAAUGGUACUGCCACCAAGCAUUCCGAGCUUUAAAUCAAGCAGCAGGGCGGUGUAUACGGCAUAAACUUGAUUAUGGAGCAAUCAUCCUUUUGGAUGAACGCUUUUGUCAAGAAAGGAAUAAAGCAUAUAUUUCAAAGUGGUUAAGAAGACCCUUGAGAGUGUAUAACAAUUUUGAUUCGUCACUGGAGGGACUAAAAUCAUUCUUUGAGAAUGCCAAGGAGCGGUAUGGCACAAAUACAGUGCAUGCCACAGAGAAUUUGGAUUUAAAUGGCGACGAUGGUGUUCAAAGCAAGGAUGGAAUUAUGAGGUUUCUAAGCAAGAAAAAUCAGAAACUGAAGUCUAGAAAUGGAGGUGAAAAAGAAACAUCAGUUUUUGAGGAUAACAUCUCUAUUCCCAUGCGGAGCUCUCACAAUCUUGCUGAAAGUCAGCCAUCAGCUCAAGGGAAUUGUAACAAAUACAAUUUCAAAGACCAUAUUAACCUACAAUGCUGUAAUCUGACAGAAAGGUUCACUGGGGCAUCAUCUGCUACAUUUACACACGAUGAAACCUCCAUUGUCAAGGAAAGCCCAUAUUUAGAUAUUUGUAGCGAUGCUGUCAGCUCCGAUUAUUCUAAGGAUGACAAUUCUGAUUCCACUAUAAUUGAGGCUUCUGCUGGAUCUGCAAUGGGACGCUUGUCAAGUUUUCGCGCGUCUUCAACUACUGGAAGUAAAAUAUCAAUAACAGUUACUCCUGAAAAGUGCGUAACUGCAAAUAAUAUUCGAGAAACAGAAUUAUCUUUGAAUAUGAGUGUUAAUUCUCACAAUCCAAAAAGGAGAAAGCCCAUGGUCAUACCAUUUAUAAACCUCAUGGAAGAAGAAAACACCACAUCUUGUGUCAGCACUCCUACAUGGUACACAAAAAGUUCAUUGGAAGUUAGAGAUGCAACUAAUGGAUCUGAAAGUAAUUUUGGGAAAAUUCUAAACUCACAAUCUCCUCAGUUACCAACAAGUAAUUUACCUGGUUCAUGUUCUUUAACCGUCCCUCUACUAGAUAAAAGGUUACAACUAUUUUGUUCACUCUGCAAAAACCCAUUGGGACGACAUGAGAACCAUCAAUAUCUUACAUGCUCUUUGAUUUCAUCAUCAAAAGUUCAUUUGGGUUUCCUGUUAAAAGAGAGACUGGAAAAUUACACUGCCAGUACAGAAAAAAGUGUACCAGUUUUUGUUACUGAUUCUUCAUUUGUUGACCAACGUAUUUGCAAUAGAAAACCUACAGAUACACAGGAGCAGGGUAUAUGGUGUCCAGAAGAUGGGUGUGUUUUCAGCCCAAUUUUUUGUCCCUUCUGCAGUAAUACCAACAAUUUGCUUGGAGUUCAGAUCAUGGCAACCAAUUCAUCAAAUGUUCAGUUACUCGACAAGAUAUUGUUUUUCUUUGAUUCAUUGGAAGUGAAAAACCACGAGGAAACAGGGAAAAAUGCUUCAGAGGAAGUGAGUUUUUUGCCAGUUAUAAACUCUGGCAUAGAUGGAGUUGCUGCCUUAAAUUCCUUUGAGAAAUAUUCUUAUGUUCCCCAACCAGGGAAAUCAGAAGUCUGGAAUGCUAGAAAAUCAAAGCCACGACUAAGAGGCGUGCUUUAAGCAGAAAGUUGAAGAUAGUAAGAUUGGAAUUAUGGUGCAGUUUUGGCAAUCAUCGAGAUGCAGAGCUUAUGAUACCUCAUUUUGGGAUUCGUUUCCAACACUCUUUCCUCUGCCUUCAAAAUCUGCAACUAAGGCUCACUGCAUGCAAUAACAUUGAUAACUAGGUGUCCACCUGUGUGUUGAUAAGUUCAAGAAGAGGAUGUCAAAGUUACCCCAAAGAUGUCAGAAUGACCUGAUGUGCAAUGGAGUACAGAUGUAUCAUUUUGUAAAUAGUGAUAUCUUUGUACAUUUCCAAUAGUGCCGACCUCCCUACUCCUGAAAUUCCUAUGAGUAGUAGCAGUAUAUCAUUAUUAACUUAAAUAGGUAGCGGAUUCUAUUUCUUUGUCUAUAAACCAUUUAAGCUCGAUUUCUGUUGAUAAAAUUAAAGUUUUGGAGGCACGACUGUAGUUCUGUAAGUGGAAUGGAAGAAAAUGAUUUUGUUUUAUUGUUUGAAUAUUUCUUAAAAUUUUUGAGCUUGGUGUGUAAUAUAUAGAUGUAUUAUCAA